UAUUACCCAUCUCUAAACAGUCAUAUCGAAAACAGAUGUGCUCUAUUGCACUAUGUUAUACAUGAAAAAGCUCUUACGCUGCUUACGCAUAAUGCGUAUUUAUACAUUUAUCUAUAGUAAUUUACAAAUUUAUGUCAUACGGAAGUGGUGAAAACUCUGCAAAUAGGCGCUCACCAAUCACUGGCUUCGUCUCCAUGGUGAUAGAAAGUAAAACAUAUCCAUAACCUGAAGAAACAUGGAAUUGUGCGUAUAGAACUACAGUCCUCGAAUGUCCUCGAUAUCAAUCUUUGUGUUUUAAAAACAAUGUCUACAGAAAAUCGUGAGGAGUCUAUGCGAGAAACUGCAUUACGGCUCGCCGUAGAAGAAGAAAACAGACGAAAGACUGAUCCAAAUGAAACUCACGAACGAUCCAUUAUUAUCCUUGGCAGCAAGGGGGUUGGCAAAACAACAAUAGUGUAUCGAUUUCUUGAAAAAGACGAAAGACCAAAACCGACUAUAGCGAUGGAUUAUUCAUUUGGUCGCAAAACUGUGAAAAGUUUAGUGAAAAAUAUAGUGCAUGUAUGGGAAGUGGGCUACUUGGCUUCCUCUUUGGUAUCUGUUGCAAUGACAGGAUCCACAUUAACACAUUCUCCUCAUCACACUGUGAUAUUAAUAAUGCUAGAUUUAUCGCGACCAGAGGAAUUAUGGUCUUCCUUCGAGGAGGCCCUUUCCGUAAUACGAAAUGGUUUGAAAAUGAGUUACGACUCUAACACGAUUCAAGAAUUACAGGAUAAAAGGGCAGCAGAUAGAAAAAAAGAAUUGGAACGUGGAGUGGAUCCAUUUUUAAUGAAGAUAUGCAUUAUAGGUGGACGAUAUGAUGAAUUUAAGGAAUUUGAUUCGAGUAAAAAGGAAUUUAUCGGGAAGAUUCUAAGAGCGAUAGCUCAUAAUUUGGGUGCAAGCCUUUAUUAUUAUUCUUCUAAAGAUAAAUUUCUCAUACGAAGACUUAAAGAUUUAUUAUCUCAUUAUGGAUUUGGUUCUCCAUUUACGGAGGAUAAGUGCACGGAUUAUGAGAAGCCGUUAAUGAUGCCGGCGGGCAUGGAUUCCUUCGGACGGAUCGAUUUGCAAUUCCCUCAAACGAGACCCUCGGCAAUUUUAGACACUAUCAAACAAAUCUACGUUUCACGUAUACCGCAAGUGUCGAGAAGCGACGAAAGUGCUUUGGAGGAUCCCAGUAACGACCCUAACUUUAAUGAGCCUAUUAUCGAUAGACUGAGAAUGCAGCGAGAAGAGGAGAUCAGCGUACUGCUGAAUGACAUGAUGGAAGGCCGUAUGCCGAAAAUCCCUGUGCCUGAUCCAAUUUAGAAAGUACAAAUAUUUUCGUUAUGUAUCCGUUGUGAUUUUAAAGCAGUAAGCGAAAGUAGAUAGUUUAUCUGAACUAACAAUACGAAAAGGAUGUAGAAGAAAUCCUUUGGCAUUUUAUUUCAAUGUUGUU